GGCGUCAUUGGGAUCGUCAUUUCCUGCCAGUACCGGUGUGGACCGUGCGGGUCGUGGCCGCCGGUUCUCCGGUUCUCCCCCUCCCCUACUUUCCUCCCUCCUUCCCUCUCCCUCCCGUGGCGGCUGUCGGUCGCCCGUCGCAGACUCCCUGACCCAUCCCCAACCCUUUCCUGACCUCGGUCCUAUCCGAUUGGCCUCUUUUUUCCUGUUUUUGUUUUUUGUUUUUUUUUUUGGCCCAGUCCCUGCCGCCAGUGUCAGGGCGGGGGCCUUGAGCCAGAGGCUGCGGCGGAGGAAAAAAAAGACAAGACGACCCUCGACACCGCAGCGGGAUCGCUCGGUUCGCUGCCGCCAUGGCAAUGAGGCAGACGCCGCUCACCUGCUCGGGCCACACGCGGCCUGUGGUUGAUUUGGCCUUCAGUGGCAUCACGCCCUAUGGCUAUUUCUUAAUCAGCGCUUGCAAAGAUGGGAAACCUAUGCUCCGCCAGGGAGAUACAGGAGACUGGAUUGGAACAUUUUUGGGUCAUAAGGGUGCUGUUUGGGGCGCAACAUUGAAUAAGGAUGCCACUAAAGCAGCUACAGCAGCUGCAGAUUUCACUGCCAAAGUGUGGGAUGCUGUCUCAGGAGAUGAAUUGAUGACCCUGGCUCAUAAACACAUUGUCAAGACUGUGGAUUUUACGCAGGAUAGUAAUUACUUGUUAACUGGGGGACAGGAUAAACUGUUACGCAUAUAUGAUUUGAACAAGCCUGAAGCAGAACCUAAGGAAAUCAGCGGACACACCUCUGGUAUUAAAAAAGCUUUGUGGUGCAGUGAGGAUAAACAGAUUCUUUCAGCUGAUGAUAAAACUGUCCGCCUUUGGGAUCAUGCUACCAUGACAGAAGUGAAAUCUCUAAAUUUUAAUAUGUCUGUUAGCAGUAUGGAAUAUAUUCCUGAGGGAGAGAUCUUGGUAAUAACUUAUGGACGAUCUAUUGCUUUUCAUAGUGCAGUAAGUUUGGACCCAAUUAAGUCCUUUGAAGCUCCUGCAACCAUCAAUUCUGCAUCUCUUCACCCUGAGAAAGAAUUUCUUGUUGCAGGUGGUGAAGACUUUAAACUUUAUAAGUAUGAUUAUAAUAGUGGAGAAGAAUUAGAAUCCUACAAAGGACACUUUGGUCCUAUUCACUGUGUGAGAUUUAGUCCUGAUGGAGAACUCUAUGCCAGUGGUUCUGAAGAUGGAACAUUGAGACUAUGGCAAACUGUGGUAGGAAAAACAUACGGCCUUUGGAAAUGUGUACUUCCUGAAGAAGAUAGUGGUGAGCUGGCAAAGCCAAAGAUCAGUUUUCCAGAGACAACAGAAGAAGAGCUAGAAGAAAUUGCUUCAGAGAAUUCAGAUUCCAUCUAUAGUUCAACUCCUGAAGUGAAGGCCUGAGCAUUGGGCAUAUGCCACAGUUAAUGUACAAGUUAUGGACUAAAACAAACAAGCAGAGAAAAGCAUCAGCCUCCCAGAGUUACUCUCUGCUUAAGGCAAACAUGAGCAGUAAAUAAUGGGGAAUAUGAAUUAGCUCCAGUGCUGGAACUAACUUGGUGUUACCUGUACAUGAAAAGGCAAGAGUAUCAGAUGAAGGAAGGUGGAAUUAGGCUCUUGUGGUAUGAUGAUGGCCUGUUGUCUUUUUAAUGAAUAUGUGCGAGCCAACAUCAAUUUCUCUUCUUACAGUUAGAGUUCUUGUAGCUGUUUAUGUUAUUAUGGAGAAGAAAAAUAUAUUGGCCUAUUUUUCUGACUUUUCCCUUAAAACAGAAAGCCCCCUUUUUUUUUUUUUUUUUUUUUUUUGCUUUAGUUGUAAAGAAGAGGGAAUACGUGAUAAAGUAAUUGGUUUGAUUUCUCUUUCAUUGUACACUGCUUCUGAACAUCUAAUUGUUUUAGUUGUCUAAAUAAAAUGCCUCUAAAACAAAA